UGUUGUGAGAUGCGCGUCGCCUGGUGCGUUCGCUCGGUUGAAAGAGUGGUGAACUGUCAAUAGAAAUAAACAAAUUCCUUGGUUACGUCUUGAUCGGCGCGGUGCCGAAUCUGGGGGCGAUUUUCAACCGGUAUUUUGGACUGUGCGUUUCCGCAGUACGAGCUCUUACCCUGAACGGGUUAUACAAGAUCCCACAGGCACCGGUGGAACCCAGAGAUAUGUCCGCCAUCAUCACCUAGAUCGAACCGAUCAACUUUCCCAUCAAACCAUCGGCCUCGACCCUGCCACGACCAGCACGAUGUAACUAGAAACCCGCCGGACUCCGAAAAUCGCCACCAAUGGGUGCUAAUAUGGGCAAGAAUGCAUCCCUGCUCGACGCCUUACCUUCCGGUCAAGGCACCCUGCACGUGGUGAUGCUUGGACUGGAUUCCGCUGGCAAAACGACCGCCCUUUACCGGCUCAAGUUCGACCAGUACCUCAAUACGGUACCCACGAUAGGGUUCAACUGCGAGAAGGUCAAGGGGAUGAUCGGCAAAGCCAAAGGCGUAAACUUCCUGGUGUGGGACGUGGGUGGUCAGGAGAAGCUGCGACCGCUGUGGAAGUCGUACACCAGAUGUACCGACGGCAUAGUCUUCGUCCUCGACUCGGUAGACGUCGAACGGAUGGAAGAGGCCAAAAUGGAGCUGAUCAGGACGGCGAAGUCACCAGAAAACCUCGGCGUACCAAUCCUAGUACUGGCCAACAAGCAAGACUUGCCCGGUGCCAGGGAGCCUAGGGAGCUGGAAAAGUUGAUGGGGCUGACGGAGCUGGGCAACGGUGGUGCGCCCGGCACCCAUCUCUGGCACGUGCAACCCGCGUGCGCGAUAACCGGCGACGGCCUCCACGAAGGCCUGGAGGUGUUGUACGAAAUGAUACUGAAACGGAGAAAACUGGCGAAAGAGAGGAAGAAAAAGAUUAGGUAGAAUAAGGGAAACGGCGGGGAGGGCUGCUCGCACUACGGAUUUUGUUAGCAAGUCAAUUUGUGCGCGUGCGCAGACUCCGCCGGAUGGACCGAACGUUUUAGUUUUUCGCGCUUUCAAUGUGCCUGAUCGUGUGGUGUUUGGUGCGGUCCCCGAGACCGCCAGACUUGGCGACCAGUGGGAGAACGCGCACGUCUCGUGACAGGUACGUUUUUUACUCGUCUCGUGAAGUACUCUUUGAGAGUCGAGGUUGUCAAAUGUGAAGCUUCGUCGACGGCGAGAAACUCCCGAAUUGGACUGCUUGGAAUCGCAUUUCGCAAACACCAAAAUCGAUAUUCUAAAUUGCAAAAAAUUAGUGUUCAUUUACCUCGGUGAAAUUUAUAUCCGAAGUCAGACCAUACGCGAAAAAAGUUUUUAACUCUGCCCUAGUAUGAAACCACUCGUCUCUCCCCCUUUUGACGAUGAAUGGGUUUUGCAAUGUGGAAUGGGAAAGCUGCUUGCAAUGUAAGGUGAGUUGAAAAGACGGGUUAAUCCGUUAAUGAAGAAUGUACGAAAAUAUUGGGACUUUUGGAACACCAUUUUCUAUAACAGGGCGUUAAACUUUAUUUUGAGAAUUACAUUUUUACUUGUGAAUUUCGUAGUUCUUUUCGUAUUUUGUGGUGCACAUAAUAAUUGGCCAUUAUAAUUUUCUCGAUGUGCGCCUAUGGUCUUGAAACCUAUUUCAUUUAAACAGUUUACUUUUGCGUAAUUUUAGUUUUUGAAUUAUUUUGAAAAAAUAUGUUUUUUUCUAAAAUUAAGUUUAACAUCGAAGAACGAAAGAAGCCAACCAUAAAAAUAAAACAGCAAAUACACAAAGAAUCUUUUAUUAACAUGUUAGCCCAUUAUUUUUGCACUUUGUAUACAGAAUUACGAGGUUCCAGGGUUGUAUUUUGAAUUUUUGGAUAUUGCGUUCCCCUCACCAACAUACCAUCCCGUAUAUUAUAAACUUAGUAUCCUGCCAUCAACUAAAUAGUAAUAUCAAGAAAUUUUCUCGGAUUUAAAACCAAUGGCAAUGACAAGAGAACUAUUUUCACUAUAUUAUCGUUUAUAGUGGAAACAUUGUGGAUAUUUUUUUCUAAUCUCAAAAAAAAAAAACUAGUCAAACGAAUUGGAAUCCAUGGACUUGGCUGACAAAGGAUUUGGAAAUUUAUAUGUCGUAGGCGUAAGUUGUAAAAGAAGGCUUAUUAUAAUACGCCUAGGCUUUCACGAAAUGACUGGGCAUAUAGUAAAACUAUAUAUUUUUUUAGAUAACUAUAUUUAAACGCUGUUAAAUAAGUUAUAUUUUAUGUGGCAGAAGUUGCCAACACCUCCAGUACCUUCUCCAGUACAAUCUAAAUUUAAAAGAAUUCGUGGACAGAGAGUCUGGGAAAAAAGUUAUUUGAAGAUAAGAAAAAUGAGUGGGUUGAUGGAAAAGUGACAAAUAAUUCAAAUUAUUUCUUUAAAUUAUGUUACGUUUUUUUAUUGUUCUAUUGGCGCCAUUUUCUUUUGUUUACCAAUAAAAAUAAAUAAAUUAAAAAAAAAACCAACUGCUAAAUCUACUGGUACCCACUAGUCGCAGGUGGGUACAAAAUUGAUAGGUAUACUUUUAAUGUACUCAAUACUUCAACCAUUAGUUUUGAUGCCCAAAGAGCACUUACGGAUUUAUACAGUUUUGUAAUUUCAUAAAAUGAAAAAAUUGGAUAAAUUUGUGCCAGUCGUAGGUACAAGUAGAUUUAACAGUUUUUUUAAUUUAAAUUUUUUUUUAUUUCUAACUUUUGCCCUUUUGAUUUUUUUUUAUUUUAUUCAAAGCACUAUGCAUUUUCCAUUAAUUUAGCGGUACCCUUAAUUCAAUUAGUGACACAUCUAAAUCUUGUAUUUUUGUUAAAAAUUGAACUGUGAUUAAAGGGUAGAUAGGUGCGUUUCUACAAACAUUGACUUAAGUUGAAGGAGAAAAAAUUUUACUAAUCCCUCUAUAUUUGUGAAAGUUAUAGCUACAGCUAUUACUAAUAAAGAGGGCGAGGGGGAGAGGGAAGGGGGAAAAAUAUCUUUAAGUGUGCGCAGAACGAAUUUUUGAAAUCGCCCUACAUUUGAUAAAAUUAUGCGAAUAUGAUUUUCGAAGAAGGGGAAAUAAAUUACAGGAGGGGAGAUAAGUGGGAGCAAGAAGGACUACAAAGUAAUUACAGCAAAUUAUAGGAAAUUUGCAAUGGGUGAUCACAGAAUUUUUAGUGAAAUCGCCUGAAAUUUAGAUAAUUUUAAUGCCUUAAAGCCUACAUGAUGUGACAAAAUGGCAUCUGACUUGCGCCAUGUUGAUUCCUGUUUAAAAAAAUAUAGUGCCACAAACAUAUCCCAAGCAAAAAACAUUACUAUUCUUCUCGACGUGUGCUGGAGUCGGGUAAAAACAAAACAGUUAAUGAUAUGUAUUUAAAAGUCAAAUUUUUUAGAAAAGUAAAUAACAGAUUAAUUUCUCUCUAGAAAAAGCGUAAUGACCUGUGUGCGACGCUCCGCAUACGAAAAAAAAACGUCGGAUCGGACAACAUUUUGCAACAUCUGGCAACUCUGCAUGAGAGAAGAGCCACCGCUAUCUUUUUAGAGGUUAGGAUAGUAGGAGAAUGAAAUUCUAAGGUUUGCAUUUUGCAUUUUCCACUCACCUGCGUAGAACCUAUCUAGUUGUAUGUAGUAACUGUUUUUUCACUCUUGGAUAAUGUCUGCCCCUUCGGACAUCGUCACUUUCGUAAACAAAACAAACCGCUUCGGCGCUACCUUAUUGGAAACUGUCAAUUUUAGAAUAAGCCUAACUGAUGCAAAUGCGUAUUAUAAAACGCCUAAAUCGAACCAGGCGAAUUGUAAAAUACUUCCAUUUUCUUGAUUAGCCUAAUAUCCUUCAGGCUUUUUAAAAUAAGCCUAAGAUUUUCUUAUUGUGGUUUUAGAAUACGCCUACGACAUAUACAUCUCUUAUAAUAACGUUCCAAACCCAAAUAAGGCCAAAAAUUUAUCGAAAAUUCAUUUUGUUUCUUGAUCAUGGCAAUUUAUUAAAGUAUACGGGGGCUCAUUGAUCAGUCGGUAAAAAAAGUUAAAAAUAUGAGUUAAUCGAUGUGUUUAUGUAUGAUGAAUUUUUUAAAAAAAUCGUUUAGAAUGUGAUUUUAAUAUUGGUCGAGUGUCUUUCGGAUGUAAAGUCACCGACGCACCUCGAGAACCAAUGCACACAACAAUUUUUUACAGUAGGUCAACCACCGCCGUUGUACUUUUGACUGUGAUAUAUCCGCGAUGUUUUUGGUAAAAAGUACAAUUUCGUCGGCCAAUUCGCGACUCCCAUAUAAUAUAUAUAUAUAUAUACAUAGAUUUUUGUACCGUUUUUCACGCCUACAACCGCAGUUGUAAAUACGAAAGCGUAUAUAGUUAGAAUCGACGAUGGAACAGUGCAGGGUCGAAACGUUUGCGCUCGUAGCGUUUUCCGUUUGAAAAGUGAACGCGCCGCCAUUGUUUCGUAAGGAAAUCGAAAGUGCUGGGAAUCGAACAGUUUCCCACGGACCGAUAAUAUUUCGCAGGACGUUCAUUCAUAUCUCGAUGUGCAAUUUUUUGUUGUUGUUACGAAUUGUUGCCGCGGUCUCAAAUGAAAUACGGCCCUGUGUCGGAUUCCUUUUUACUCUUUGAAUCUUUUUGGAUCGAUUUUUUAAUUUCGGUUCUCGUUUUUCCAGAUUUUAGCAGGACCCAUGGCUAAAUUAAAUUCUUUUAAAUCAAAAAUUUACCACGUUUUGCGAUCUCUUUUCUUUCAAGUCUAUGGGAACAUGGAGAGCUUUACCUCCUACGUCUACAAUUUACUAUUUAAAAAUCCUGAAAAGGGCUCAAGAAUAUAGUCAAUUUUGAUUUGUGUGCAUUUUUCAAUUUUUGGAACGAAUGAAAUUUACAGAAAUAUCAAUGAGAAAAGACGUCACAUUCUUUUGAGGAACAUUCCAGUUUAGCCGUGAGUCUUUCGGCUUGUGGUCGUCCGUGUUGGUUUCCGUAUGGGUUUAUUCGUUCGGUAACAAAAGCCUUUGUAAUUUUCCAACUAUACCCAUCUAAUAUUUGGCGUCAAACCAUAGAGAUAACUGAUAAAAAGGAGAAUUAUUGAUUAACAUUCUGAUGUUAGAUGGCGGGAAAUUUGAAUUAAGACGGAAUAAACUUAAAAUUAAUCUCGCUUUAUUUCAAAAUAAGUAAAAUAAAAAUUCAAACAAGAAUCAAAUAGGAACUUGAUAUCUAGAUAAUUUUUUUUUUAAAUUCAAUAAGUUAUGUGUUAAAUUUACUCUAAUUUUUCUGGUAAUUAAUUCAAAAACCAAUCUUUUUAUUAGUUCUCUCUAUGCGUGAAUAAAGCAAAAAAAAAAUCGCUAAAAUCGCAUGAACUCAAAUCGGGCCGCGAGAGUGGGCGCCAAUUUCAUUUGAGAAUCCUCGUUUAAAACCAUACCAAAGGUGCUUUUAGUUUUAACGUUAUCUUUAAUCGUUGCAUUAAGUAGCCAGGGGCGUAUUAGGGCUGAUUUUGCGGGAGUAACAUCGUCCGUCCCAACUGAAACGAAUGGCCGCUUUAUCUGUUGAGUAUACGGGCCUCUUCUUAGGUUUAAGCAUGACUGAAUUCGUAGCUAAGUCAACCGUAUGGCACUUUGUAACGUAAUCAUAAAAUAUUUAUUGUGGCGUAAUAUCGUUUUAUAUAUUUAAUACCGUUAUAUCCAGUCCUAUACCUGCGUUGAAUUUUCGACACGACUAUGUUAUAUUUAAAGUUUUUAUAUUAUAUAAAAUAUAUGAAUUUAUAUGGAUUCCUGUUAUUAUAUCGACCCGCUACCGCGUCGCCAUGUUUGUACGUAACUCCGUUGUAAAUACUGUGUACCAUAGUUUUCAUUAAAUCCAU